GUUCGUUUUUUUCGCAAACACAAUUUGCAGUCCUAGGUAUCUUGUGACAAAGCAAUAUAUAUAAUCCAGAGGCAAUGCAGAGGACUACAGACGUCUCUUCUCUUCCUGUUUCCAUCAUUCAAUACUGGAUUUAGUAUCUUGAGAUAGAAGACAAUACCAAGCUGAGGCACCAUGUUAUGUCAUCUUAUGGGCAGAGAGUGCAACCUUUCAUGAGAGGAUACCGGUAUCUUCUAUUUUCUGUAGAACCAUAUAAGAUCACAACCUUCUAGGUAAUUAAAUCUUGUUAGCUCACAUUCUCUCAUCUAUGUUUCAUAAAUAUUCAUAUUACUUUCUGUAUUACUUUUUAGGUCCCAGCACUGAAACUGAUUUUAGAGUGUUCACACUGAAGGUUUAUUUCAAAGUCAAACCAGUAGAGGCAAACAAACCUCAAACUGGCCCAGCAGCCAACGGAGCAGCAGCUUCAUGCUCCACCACCUCCACCUCAUCCUCCACAAGGGUUCCAAGUACUACUAGGGUCCCCACCAAGCACAAACGCCAGUUAUUAGCUCUUGACCGUCACCUCCUCCUAUGGGAAACGGUCCUAGGCCUAUGCCUCCUGGUGGCACCCCAUCGCAUCCACCCCGCUGCACAAUGGCAAAUUUGGCUGCUAGGCUUCCAACAAUUCCUCCUUAAGGUUUUCCAGGUCAACAGAUGCCACCCCCUCCACCUCCCAACAUGGAGCAGUAGGUAACCAGCCAUCUAUUUCCAUCUUUUGCUAGGCACAAAUCCAUGAAGCAUCAUGCAAGGUGUCAAACUCCAGGAGCAGCAUGAUAUGGUUCAGAAAUGCAAUCAAAUUGCAUAUUGGAUUUAUUAAUCAAUUCAAGUACCUUUU